UAACCUCCCUAAGUGAACUCAUUAAUCUCUUUCAUAAAUUUCCUCUCGGCUGCCAUAAAUCUCUCGAGUAGCCGUAACUCGCGCUCGGCAACAAUGAGUACGGUCACCGCCGGUGAUACUCCCUCCGUCGCUCCCAACAUGACCAUCUACAUCAACAACCUCAACGAGAAGAUCAAGAUCGAAGAGCUUAAAAAGUCACUCCAUGCUGUUUUCUCUCAAUUUGGAAAAAUAUUGGAAGUCUUAGCCUUCAAGACGUUGAAACAUAAAGGACAAGCAUGGGUUGUGUUUGAGGAUGUUUCUUCAGCGACUGAAGCACUUAAGAGGAUGCAAGGAUUCCCAUUCUAUGACAAACCUAUGAGAAUCCAAUAUGCUAAGACGAAAUCAGAUGUUAUAGCGAAGGCUGAUGGCACUUUUGUUCCUCGAGAAAAACGGAGGCGGCAUGAUGACAGAGCUGAAAGAAAGCGCAAGGAUCAACAUCAUGAUGCAAAUCAAGCAGCUAUGGGACUGAACCCAGCUUAUGCUGGUGCCUAUGGUGCUGUUCCACAGCUAUCUCAACUACCUUAUCCUGGAGGUGCCAAGUCUAUGCUUCAGGAGCUUCCAGCUAUGCCAAACAACAUCUUGUUUGUUCAGAAUCUACCCCAUGAUGCUACGCCAGUGAUGCUCCAAAUGCUUUUCUGCCAGUAUCCGGGACUUAAGGAGGUAAGGAUGGUGGAAGCAAAGCCAGGGAUUGCUUUUGUGGAGUAUGGUGAUGAGAUGCAAGCUUCAGUGGCAAUGCAAGCUCUCCAGAAUUUCAAGAUCACGCCUCAAAAUUUGAUGGUUAUCACAUAUGCAAAGAAGUAAAUCCUUCCUCAUCUUGGGUAUGUAUUUUACCUAUGGAAGAUCUUGCUGGACCGUGCCCUUGUACAAUUCAUGUUUAUGUUAGAAUUUGAUAGGAAUUUCUAAAUCUUUAUAUUUUACUGACAAUUUUCGGAGAGUGGUCAUUUACAUUGUGGUCCUUAAAACAUUUAGGAAAGCAGUUAACUGCAUCAAUGCUAGGUAUUAUAUACUAUUGCUUAUAUUAGCACCUACGUUCCCCUGAUACCUGGUAGCGUAGUAGAUUUCUGGAAUGAUACGUUUGACAGAGGAGCUCCAUUAAUCUGAAGUUUGACCACUGUUAGCUGGGUUGUUGGCGAA